GAUCCACCCCGACCCCGAAAAACUUUUAGGGACCGUGGUCAUCGGCUCCUUCCUAGCCUGAAAACUAGACUAGGUUACCGCGUUAACAAUGUUUCUUUCACUGCGGUAUAGUUGAAUAACAGGGUUUCACGACGACCACGUGAAUUUUGCUGUUGUUGAUUUGCGGCUUCGUCACUGUGGCAAUCAUUUUGUCCCAAUGGAUUUGCCGUAGAAAUAUCAGCUAUCAGCAGUUAACGUCACCAAACGCUUUUCACUAUAUUGUCAUUUGUACUGAACGUACUGAAGCCUCGACACUGGACGCCCGUCGCUACUUUAAUGCAGUACAACGUGAUUUAUUAUUUCUUUUUUGGGGGGCGCACAUUGAGGUUUCUUGAGCCAAUUUAGCUUACUUUAGCCUAGCCUAGUUGCGCUUCUCCCCGCAUCUGUUAACGACGCAGAGAUCUUGCGUGAGUGUAACUUGGGAUUGUGUGAAAAUGUGUAAAGUGGAGAUGCUGAGAGCUUUGCUCAAUGCGCGACUCAGUGCGGCACUGGACGAAAUAUUUGCGCUGUUUGAAAGAACGCUAGCGGAGUACGAGGACGAACUUUGUCGAACGAAAGACGAGAACGAGCGACAACGUCGACUACUGGACGCUGUUUUCGUGUCUCAGGACGAAGCUCACGGACCAGACAUCCACGAGGAAUAUCUUUAUUCGGAGCACCCGACGCCAGAGCUGCCUCAUAUUAAGGAGGAAGAGGAGCCGGAGACCUUCCACGUGAAAGAGGAAGAGGAGGAGGCUGAUAUCGUCACGUUCCAGUGUACCGGCGCCCCCUCGGAGAGUCAAGCUGAAGACAAAGGCCAGUGUGAGGAGUACAGAGGAAUGGCGCCUCCUAGCAGCAGCAGCAGCAGCAGCAACAACAGCUCAAGUCAGGACAUGACAGCAGAAGGCCACGGUGACCAGCGUGGAGGACCGCGAGCAGACGGACUCUUAGCGCCGCUCUCGGAUAGCGACGACGUACGGUCACACUCCGCUGACACUGACGGUGAACGCUCCAAAGAUGAGAUGAGACGGCACACUUACAACAAGCGUGUGAAAUGUUCCCAGUGCGACAAUACUUUUUUCAACAAGUCAUCGUUGAAAAGACACAUGACGACCCACACCGGGGUCAAACCUUUUGCCUGUUCAGUUUGCGGUAAAAGGUUCCGGAUAAAGGGAGAUUUAAAAAUCCACACAAGAAUACACACUGGAGAGAAACCCUUUGCCUGUUCGUUUUGCGAUAAAGAGUUCACACAGAAGGGACAUUUACGAUCGCACAUGAGAACGCACACUGGAGAGAAACCUUUUGCCUGUUCAUUCUGCAACUUAAGCUUCAGUCAGCGUUCGUCGUUGGUCCCACACAUGAGGACGCACACUGGGGAAAAACCUUAUUCCUGCUCAACUUGCGGUAAAAGUUUCUCUCUCCAUGUCAACUUAGUAAGACACAGAAGCACACACGCUGACGAGAAAGCAUUUAGUUGCAGAGCAUGUGACGAACAAUUCUCGACUGUGUCCGAGUUGGACAAACAUACGUGCUGAUGACGGCCGGCCUAUAAAGCGGCAGAACUUUACUAUGAAGGAAACCUGUCCUGGCGCGCAUUUACAGGCUGUUUUGGUUUGCCUUUUGCACCCCAUUGUGCCGCGAAUGGCUUGAUCUAUGCAGGGCAGCCAAGUCUCAAUUUGGAGUGCAGUUUCAUGUUCUGCCACAUGGGGGGCAGCGCUGAGCUCCUUUGGAUGGAAAUGCGCCAUUGAAGUAUUCGCACUAAGCAGAUAGAAUAUGUGCCUGUAAAUAAUGUUUGUUUUGGGUGAACAUAUAAGUGAUAUACAUGUGUCAAUCUUUUUUGUUUUAUGUGAUACAGUUCUGUGUGUGUUAAGUUGCAGUUUGAAGGUUUGGGGUUGUCAUAACGUGAAUGCACAACUGUUUGUCCAUCCAUGACGUUUCACACGUGUUAGCAUUUAGCAAGCGGACUUCCAUGAUACAAAAUUACAUGAUUUGGUUGAGCAUUUUGGCGCUUAAAUACUCUUGUUUUUAUGUGUCAGUGUUACAGUAAGCUUCAACUGGGAGUUAGAAAUAAACAACUUGAAGUGAGCA